AUAAUUUUAUAUAACCAAAGAACUUUUUGUCGCAGUCUCUGGAAGAUGCACCCAUUAGUCGUAACGAUAUCGUUAUCAUUGACACUCGCGUCUUGUAAAAUCAUAGACGAAAUAAUUUUCGAAUCAACCGAAGGAAAGGGCGCGCAACCAGCAAUUUUGAAGUCGGCAGCUCUGAUCGGCGGUCGGAAGACGCUGGCGAGCGAAGUCAAGUACUUGGUGUCCUUGCAGUACGACGGCGAGCACAUUUGCGGUGGCAGCAUCAUAGAAGACCGGCACGUCCUUUCAGCUGCUCACUGUUUCAUUGGUGACGACAACAAGUUUCUGGACAAAAUCUUCAAAGUCGUUGCUGGCGCUGAUGAUCUCAAUCGCGAUGACAAUGUUGUGGAAGCAGAGGUUGAAAAAAUUUACGUUCCAAAUGAGUACAACGACGCUGGUUGGACGUCUUCGGUGCCUCUGGGCGAUAUUGCUGUGCUCAAGCUGAGGCAGAGUUUAAACCUGAAGGAGAACGAGAAUCUGGGAAAACUGCGGCUACCACGCGCGAGCAAACACAACCAGCAUAGGGAUCGGACGAGCAAACAUUACCGAUCUUACGAAGGCGAGCGGGUCUUGAUAGCCGGCUUCGGCUGGGACAAAGUCAAGGUAAAGACGCGCAAGAACAGAACCGAGUACGAGGUCGGCUCGUCCACUGACCGGCUCUUCAGUGCCAAUGCGAAGGUCAUCGGUAACGCCGAGUGCCAGGAGCACUACACCGACACCAUACACGACGGUGAACUGUGCGCCAGAAUUAUCGAGCCCAACGACGAUAAGCCGCGAGGCGUUUGCAGAGGCGACAGCGGAAGUCCACUGGUUUACAAGUCGAAUACGAUCAUUGGCGUUGUGAGCGGGAUAUCGAUCGGGUGCAAUGAAAACAACCAGCCGGGCAUUUAUUGCCGUGUGUCGUCUUACUUGGGAUUCGUGAGAGAUGCGCUGCGAGGAGUCACGGACCGUAUGCGAGUCAAGACGUUUUAGUCGUCGUUGGUCUUGGAUAUUUAAUUACAAGAUUUAUCGUGAAAAAUCAGUAUUUUCAGGCAAGUUAGGUAUUCGAAGGAUUUCACUUGUAAUUAUGUAUUUUGAAAAUUUGAUAUGGUCCCGAAAUCACAAUUUUACGAAAAUACGAUGGAUUUUUAGGAUUUUUGCAAUUGAUUUUAAAUGAUGAGUAAGUGUAGUAUGAAAUCCCAGCUAAUAAAAAACAUUUUUUUUUGAAUAACUAUUAUUACAACAAAAGUAUAAAAAAUAAGGUUA